GAUUCCCUUUUCCCCUUGCAGUUCCGAAGCGCAUGGACGGGCUGCGUGCCGUGGACGUGAUGACAGUCCUGCACGAGAAGGUGGCGUACCUGUCCGGGGGGCGCGACCAGAGAUCCGGUCCCAUCCUAACCUUUCCUGCCAGUACCCGCAGGGAACGUCUCAAGCAUGACGACUACCGUCCCUUAAUCCAGUACCUCAUGCAGAUACCAAGUGACGAAGUACGUGAAAUAGGCUUCACAGUGAUAAUUGACAUGCGGGGAUCCACAUGGAACACGGUCAAACCCAUCCUGAAGGAGCUGCACGAAAGCUUUGCGCAACAUAUUUAUAUAGUCCAUAUAGUCAAGCCAGACAACUUCUGGCAGAAGCAACGAACCAGUAUAGGAAGUCAUAAGUACAAGACAAAUUUAAUCAGCGUGGAAACUUUAGCCAAAACGAUAGACCCGAGCCAGCUGACGAGCGACUUCGAGGGCACGCUCCCCUACGACCACAACACGUGGAUCGAACUGCGGCUAGCGAUCGAGGACUUCACGUGGCAGGCCAAUGAGCUCGUCGACCAGCUGGAGGAUGUCAGGGACGAGCUGCAGCAGAGCGACUUCGCGGACGACGUCAGCGGCGCCAAGCGGGCUAUCGAGCGGCACAAAGAGAUGCAUCAGAAAGUUACCGGUAGUUUAGUGCACGACUUGGAUAUGCUGGGUCAGAGACUUUUACAAAGAUUAAACUGUGAUGAGGGCAACGGCUACGACUCGGGCUAUUCGGGCCGAGACAGCGCGUCCAGCCUGAUACUCAACAAUCCCGACUUCCAAAACAGUAUUCCACAGUUGUUGGGUUAUUUGUGUUUAAAAGAAAUAGGUCAUUCUUACCAAGUAUCCAAAGAUCUUCAGGAGGCUCAUUCUCAGUUCACCGUUGCCUGUCAGAAAGUGUAUAUGAACAUCAAUAGAAUACUUAGUGUGGCAUCAAGACUCAUGGAAAGUGGUCACUAUGCAGCCCAACACAUCGGCAAUGUAGCGUCUAAACUGGAUCAGGUUUGGAAAGAAUUUGCUGCAGGUCUGGAUGAAAGAUCUUCUGUGUUAGCUCUCUCGGUCAUGUUUCACCAGAAAGCAGAACAGUAUAUUGAAAGUGUGCCAACAUGGGUCGACAACUGCAAACUGACGGCAUUACCUUCCGACAUCCAUACAUUGGAAGCAUCAAUCCACCACCACCAAUCACUCUAUGAGACCAUGUGCCAGGCGUAUACCGAGGUUCACAGUACCAGCAAGAAACUCCUCUACCAGCUAGACCACCUGGUGCAAAUUUGUAGCCAGCUGAGGCGCGAUGGCCAAAUGCGCAGCAAGCACAAGAAGCCCCGGGGAAAGCCAUCAGCCUAUUCUGUGACGCCUGACGGCAAGGUGGUGUAUCGAGGGGGUCCACAGCAGCAACGUGGCCCAGGAACAAGUGGAAAUCCAGCCGCUGAUUACUCUGAAGGUGCUAGUCAUGUCCUGGCGGUCAUUCAUGAAAUCUUGGCACACCACCGAGCUGUGGAGCAGAGGUGGUCAGCCAAGAAGCUCAAGCUCCACCAAAGAUUGGCACUCAGGCUGUUUCAGGAAGAUGUCAAGCAGGUGCUGGAUUGGCUGCAGACCCAUGGUGAGGUAUUCUUGCGGAAAAACCCUGGAAUUGGACGUAAUAUUGCAAAAGCCAGAAUGUAUCAGAAGAGUCAUGAGCACUUCGAAAACGUUGCCCAGAAUACUUACACAAAUGCAGAGAAAUUGUUGCAAGCAGCAGAAGAGCUUGCACAUACAGGAGAAUGCAAUCCAGAAGAGAUAUAUAGUGUGGCCCAAACACUUGACUCACACAUUGCCAGCUUUGCAGCAAGGGUCCAGCAGCGACAUCGGCUGCUCAACAUGGCUGUCUUGUUUUAUACUCAUGAGAAGGAGCUUUUAUCAUGGCUGGAGGAGCUGAGUACAGAACUAGAGAGUGAAGAAGGUGUUGACGAGGCUGCAGAUUCGGUGGAGGCUUCUGAAAGAAUGUUGGCCCAGAUGACCACACAGCAAGACUCCACCCUGGAUGCAUGUGUCUCAACUACUCAUGAGGGAGAGGGGCUUCUAAAUGAACUCAGGUCAGCAACUGUAACUGCCGACUCAGGAUGUGGCUCUGUAGAGGGGGUAGAGGAAGCCCUUGAGCGACUAGUCAAGAAACGAGAUGAAUUAGAAAGCCUUUGGGCCACUCGGAAGCUCCGCCUUGAUCUCUUGCUUCAACUGAGACUGUUCCAGAGAGAUGCUGUGGAGCUACUAAGCCAGUUAGACUUGUGGGCUGAGGAACUUCAGAACACAGAGUUUGGGCGAGACAUCACCGAAGCUGAACAAAUGCUUGUCCUGCACAAUGACUCCACAUCACACAUGCAAAAUGGCACUUACCAGGUCAUGCAGAGUGGUCAGGAACUUUUACAAUUGCUGGAGACAUCAGGCAUCCAGAUUCGUGCUGAUGCUGAGUCUGAUGGCACUACCAAGGUCUCCAUGCUCUUAGAGUGCAUCAGAGAACGGCAGAUGGAUGUGGAAGUGCUGGUAGACAUGAAGAGGGUCAAGCUGGAGCAGUGCAUUCACUUGCUGCAGUUUGAAAAUGAAGCUAACCAGGUGAUAAGCUGGAUAAGGAAUGGAGAGGCUGUACUGGCAGCAAGUUUCACCAUUCCAAGCUCUCUUGCUGAGUCAAAUGCAUUAUCUCAUGACCAUGAGCAGUUCCAGGUUGCCAUAGAAAAAACCCAUGCUGCAGCGGUGCAGACUCGGCAACGUUCUUCAGCUCUUCUUAUGGCUAAGCACUACAGUCCAGAACAAGUCAUGGAAAUAGAAUCUAAUGUCACAAAGAGAUGGGAAAAGCUUGUUACUUGUGCUGAGGAUAGGUACAAGCUAGUCCAGGCAUCAAUCACAUUUUAUAAGACAGCUGAGCAAGUAUGCUCUGUACUGGAAAGCCUUGAAAGAGACUACCGCCGCGACGAGGACUGGUGUCAGAAGGAAGUGCCUCCGCCAGGCACCAGUGUCAGUCAGGGGGAUAAACAACAGGACCAGCAGCAGCAGGGGACUGGCCAGGGAGGGCAGGCGGGCUCAGACCGGGCCGCCGGAAUCUCACUUAUCAUAAAUAAGCAUCAGGAGCAGAAGGAAGGCUUCCUUAAAGCUUGCACCCUGGCCAGGCGAACCGCCGAGACCUUCCUGAAGUACGCCAACCGAUCUCAGCAUUAUUACAGUAUGAAGGGUGAUGUGGGAUUACGAGGGCCAGAGGCUAAAGUAAGAGGCAUUCUAGAGAAUCUCAUGGCUCAAGAGAACAAGGUGCUUGACCACUGGACCCAGAAGAAGAAGAAACUGGACCAGUGCCAGCAGUAUGUAUUAUUUGAGGGAUCAGCCAAGCAAGCAUUAGACUGGAUAAUGGAGACAGGAGAAAUGUACCUGUCCACUCACACAAGCCUAGGAGAAACCAAAGAGGACACGGAAAAGAUUUUGAAAGAACAUAAUGAAUUCAAAGGAACAGCGAAGGACACAAGGGAACGUGUAAAAUUACUGUUGCUCCUGGCUGACUCCUUGGUUGAGAAAGGCCAUGCACAUGCAGCAGCCAUCAAAGACUGGGUUGCUCGUGUUGAUCAGGCCUACAAGAACUUCUCAGGUCGCAUGGAUAAGUACCGCAUGCAGCUAGAGAGCAGAUUAGGAAUCCAGAGUGAGGAUAGUAAAGCCUCUCUUUCCUUAGAUCGUCACAGUGAUCCUUCUCUUGAAAACAAAGUUCAUGCAGUUGUUACUGUGGCAAAUAAGGAAAUGAGUGAGGAAAAACGUAAAUCUGCUAGAAAGAAGGAACUCAUAAUGAGGGAAUUGUUGCAGACAGAAAGAGUGUAUGUCAAAGAUCUGGAAGUAUGUACAAAGACAUACCUCUUUGAGACACGACAACCCUCUGCCCCAAGUGGGCUUCAGGGCAAAGAUAGCAUCAUCUUCUGCAAUAUGGAGGAGAUCCUACAAUUCCACAAGAACAUAUUCCUCCAAGAGAUUGAGAAGUAUCAAUGCAUGCCAGAGGAUGUUGGCCAUUGCUUUGUGACUUGGGCCCCUCAGUUCGACAUUUAUGUGAAAUACUGCAAGGCACAGCCAGAGUCCAAUCGCAUGCUAGUCAGCCAUGCCGGGACCUUCUAUGAAGAAGUUCAACGCAAGCACAAUGUUGAACACCCCAUUCCUGCGUACCUGAUCAAGCCAGUUCAGCGCAUCACCAAGUAUCAACUUUUAUUGAAAGAAUUACUCUCGUGUUGUGAAGAUGAAAACCAAGGGGAAAUCAAAGACGGUUUAGAAGUUAUGCAAAAUGUUCCAAAGAAGGCUAAUGAUGCCCUCCACUUAUCCAUGCUUGAUGGCUGUGAUGUUCCAACAGACUCCUUGGGAGAAGUCAUUCUGCAAGAUACCUUCCAGGUGUGGGACCCUCGCCAGCUUAUCAGAAAGGGUCGAGAGCGGCACAUUUUCCUCUUCGACUUGUACCUGUUAUUCUGCAAAGAAGUUCGUGAUCCUAGUGGCAACAAGACCAAAUAUGCAUAUAAACAGCGACUGGUUACAUCUGAGCUGGGUGUAACAGAGCACAUUGAAGGGGACGAGUGUAAAUUUGCUGUGUGGACAGCUCGCACAGGAGUUAGUGAUGGCAAGAUGAUUCUGCGAGCCAACACCCUGGAAGUGAAACAGACGUGGGUGAGGAAGCUGAGAGAAGUGAUACAGGAAACUUACCUCAGCUCAGCUCUCCCCCUAACUCCUGCAAAGUCACCGGCCAAGACACCAAAGCAAAACCGAGCCAGCAGGGACUUGGAGGAAUCCAUCGACGAGAGUGCGGAAAACACAGACCGCAACUCUUUGGCAUCAUACUCGUCCUCGAAUACAGACUCCGAUAAGGUAAGUUUGAAAUGAGGCAUAUUUUUCUUUCUUCUUCUUUGGGGUUUUCCAGUUUUACAAAAAAUAAAAAACGAAGGAAAAUGCCAGUUUGAAAUUUCUUGUUUUUUCUUUACCAAGAAGAAGGAAUACCAUUUGGAAGGAUGAAUGAGAAUGUGAAUGAGGGACAUUUAUGAAGUUCAGAACCCAUGACAUAGAAAUACCUUGUAAGCGUAAAAAUUGAAUUAGGAAAUUAAUGUGUCAGGUGGCCUAUGACUGAAGUGUAAUGGUUCAAGCAAAAGGGACAGAAAAAAAGAGAAAAGAAAAGAAGGCACUGACAUGGAAAUAGUGCCAUUGGUAAGAAUUGUAAAUUUGGUUGUGUCAAAUUGUUGGGCUAAAAAGGGCAGUGUGAAGGGGGAACAUAAACAGAGGAAAAUCCCGGGGAAGUAGUGUUGUGAAGGAAGAGACUUGCCGUAUUGAUGCUAUGCCGGGGAAAGGGGCUUCAGAAUUACUGUUGCUUUAUGGGAUUGUUGUUGGCUUUCGGAAAAUAUGGCUCGUAAAGAGAUAGCGGUGAGGUUCAAGAAAUUAUGCAGUAGUAAGGGUUCCCAGAUUGCGUUAGGUACCAUUACAGUGCAGGUGCUGUUGUUGAGUGCAAGAUCUUGGUAGAGUUUUAGGGAAUGCGAAGAUGUGUUGCUGUAAUCAGAUUUAAGAUUCUGUUAUGUUGCAAUAUAUGGUAUUAAGAUAGGAAUGAUAUUAACGUCGUGCUUUACUGCUAUUCAGGACGGGGUGUUACAGUGUAAUAGUGUGGUGCCGAAGUCUAAGAACGCUGCAGUGGUGCUCAACUAUAGUAAGGUAGGGGGAAUAGUAUAAGAUACUGUGAAUACCAGAUGAUUCAGUGC